UCAAGAAACCGUUUCACACGAAAAAACCUAACCACCUGAACGAGGGAGAGAGAGAGAGAGAGUCGUGUCUCGAAUUUUCGAUUUCUUCACCUUCUUCGACCCAAAUCCGUGGUGUGCUCUGCUCAGGACUAGCUGGUCGGAGCCGGGGAGAGAGGAAGCGCGAUUUUUUUGGGGGGAUUUCUGGGCGAAGAAGAUGAGCUCCGAACGAUAUUCAGUUGAAGUCACUGGCCUGUCUCCCAGAGCCACCGAGCAGGACCUCAGCGAUUUCUUCGGUUUCUCCGGCGCGAUCCUCCAUGUCGAGAUCGUCAGGUCUGGAGAUUGUGCAUGUACGGGCUAUGUGACAUUCAAAGAUGCUUAUUCUCAGGAAACUGCCGUCUUGCUCAGUGGUGCGACCAUUGUGGAUCAGCGUGUCUGCAUAACACGCUGGGGAUAUUAUGAAGAUGAAUUUGAUUUCUGGAACAGGUCUUCCUCAAGUCAUGGAGACGAAAGCAACUCAACUAGCCCAAAUGGAAGCCGAUAUGUGCCCAGUCCUGGUGAAGUAGCGACCGUGGCUCAGGAUGUAGUGAAAACUAUGCUAUCCAAGGGAUAUACACUCGGAAAGGAUGCCUUAACCAAGGCAAAAGCUUAUGAUGAGUCUCAUCAAGUUUCGGCGACUGCAAUGGCAAAGGUUGCUGAGCUGACUGAGAGAGUCGGCCUCGCCGAUAAGAUCUGCGCUGGGGUCGAAGCUGCUAAAUCAGUGGAUGAGAGGUACCACGUUACAGAGUACACGAGAUCUGCUGUAUCGGCCACAGGAAGAACAGCUGCGGCAGCUGCAAACACUCUGGUAAACAGUAGCUACUUCUCCAGAGGUGCAUUUUGGGUGUCGGAUGCAUUGAAUCGUGCAGCUAAAGUAGCCGCAGAUUUGGGUAGUCACGGGGCGAGGCAAUGAACUUGCAUGACUUGUUACAUCGGCAGCUAUUUAGAGCAUUAUGACGGGGCUUCUGCGAUGGUUCUUACUUCAACUUCAAAGCGGAUGUUCAGUGUAUUUUACUAGCACAGGAAGUGACUUGAGAGCGACUAUGUUGUGAAUUCUCCUUCGCUUUACCUGUGUUUGCUCAUUCUCUUUGUGAAAUAAUCAGAAGACGAGGAUUGUACAUAGUUUGAAUGACCGGACUAGAUGAUGUAUUGAUCUGUUUUAGGGUAACUCUCUUUCCAUAACGAAAACAUGACUAUCUUCUUCCA